GCCGACAUUUAUACUCUCAACGACAGUUGUUUGUCGAAACAUGUCGUCUUAACCUGUGUAUGAUGACUUUAUAGGGGAUGAUCCCAGUGUCAUGCAUAGAAUGAGCUCUCCGCCAAAAAAACUGUUAUCAGAUUUAAGACAUUCUCCAGCACAGAAUGGAAAACGAGAUCAACAACAGUACGGAGGCACUGGAGACUUCACCAGUCGCCCUAGGCUCCAGUAUUCACUGCAUUUCUCAACUCCCUGGUACCCAGGCUUCCACCUCCCCUAAUAGUAGUAACAUUGAAGUAACACAACAACCAGUCAAAGAUACAGUUGUUCAAUCUGAAAUUAAACUUAAUGAUGUGAUGCUCCCUGCUUGCGAUGAUACUCUUGGUAAUGAAGAGUCUAAAUUAAGCAACAGAUUUGAUGUGCAGAAAGAUGAGGUCAACAGGGCAGAAAAAGCAAGUCAUAUUGAUGAAAACAUAACAUCAUAUCUUAUUAAAUCGAAUUCUGAUAAAAAUACUCCAAGCACUGUAUUUGUUACUGAAAAUAAAGUUUCACAAAGCAAUCAGUCAGUGCCAGGCAUUCUACAUAAAGAAUCACUGUCACCAAGUAAAAUAUCAUCCAGUGUUCAUUUCAAUGAAAAAGUAUUGAUUUUUGAGAGAUUGUCUGACCCAGAAAGUAAAAUACAAAUUCCAAUAGAAAGUCAUUUAAAGUCAGAAAUGGGACCAAAUACUGUUUCUCUUACAAAUAUGUCACAGAUUCAAGACCCUUCCAAAAGCGUAAAUGUUUCUAGCACCAGAUCUGAUAUGGAACAUAAUUGGAAAUCUUCGAGUCCAAACCUGAAGAUUGACAGCAAGUUUAAACUUGUUCAAAAGGAUAAUAGCUUAGGGAGAAAAGACAGUAUGCCUAAAGUGCUGUCACCUACAGAUUUACUUCGCAAGAAGCAGAAAAAUAUGACAGAAUUAGUUUUAAAAAGUGGAAUGUCAAAUCCUGAGUCCCAAUCAUCAAAUGUUCAGAAAAAAAGCUCUACAGAACUUCCAAUACAUUGUCCAAGUACGAGCAAGGCACAAACGUUUGAGUUUGAAGACACAGGUUCAUCAAGCGAAGAUGAAUUUCCAUAUCCAUUUGAGUCCAAUAUCAAAAUGCCCAGCAAUGAAGACCUUGACACUAUACCACAGAAUAUGUUGCAUAAAAAGAGAAGUGCUAAAUCUAAGAGAAAAGCUAGAAAUGGAAUGUCGUUGAGCGAUGACUGUCUUGAACCAAAAAAUUGCCUAAAAGAAGACCAAACUAACCUUCAUCAUAAUGUUAAACCAGUUCAAUUAUUACAUGAGAAAGAUUUGAAUGAAGGGAAAAUUUCAGGCAAUACAAAGCAUGCUGAUAAAUCAGGAACACAGUUGGAACAUGUAAAGUCAUUGACAUAUACUUCACCUUCAAAACCGUUUGAGAAAAUUAGAAACAGACAAAUAAAUGAAGAGAAUGGUCCUGGUCUUGGGGCUUUUAGUUUCACUUCCCCAUCUAAAAUCUUACAAGGUGUGAAUAUUGAAAUUGAUGCAAAUUUGUAUUCAACCUCCUCAAAUCUCCUUAGGAAAAUGGAUCAUAGAGCAUUGUCAGAAAGUAAAGCAUCCAGCCUUGCACUAGGAGCAUGUAGUUCUGCAUCUCCAGCGGAACUGCUUAUGAAAGCAGAAUUUGAAAAAGAAUUAGAUAAAAAUGAGGAAAGCAUGCCUUCAAGAUUUGUAAGCUCAGAAAGUGGUCAAGAAAUUUCAGGUAGUGCUGAUGAAGUUCAAACUGAAAGUGAACUUUGUGCAGCAAAAAAAUUAUCAAAAAAGUGGCUGGAAGGUUGCGAAAGAAAGGACAGGUUCAACACUUUUGCAAAAAGUUCCGAUGAGAAAUUUACGUCAGGAGUUCAAAACACAUCAAGCCAUUUUAUCGAUGAUGCUGAUGAUUUGGGAAAGAGUGACAACCUGUUAACAAAAGAAGAUCACAUGAAAAGGGAAGUUACUAAACAGGGUCAUGUAUCAAAUAAAAAUACAGUUUCUCAAGAAGAAGUCGAUAUUAUAGUAAAGAAUUCCAAACUGAAUUCAGAUGCAGAAGUAACAGCUGAUGUUAAGCAUAAAGCUGAAGAUUAUUUGAAUUCUUUGGUCAGGUCUUUUCUUGUGCACAUGAAAAACAAACAAGCGAAGAAUGAAAAGAUAACAGAUGAAGACUUAAAGGAACUUAAGCUAAUCCAAGCACUUGCAUCAGAAAGAUUCAAUCAUUUACAACAAUGCAUUGAGAAUGACAUUGACAAUGAAUUUUAUGCAUUACAAGAUGAAAGUGAUGAAUCCAGAUAUUCCGUCAAUAAUUAUGUGGAAAGUUUAUCAAAGUCAUUAUGUGAACUAAAUAAUCUGUUUAUUGAGAAUGCUGUUGAUUUUGAAAAGAGUGGAAAUCUGUCUAUAAAAGAAGAUGACAUGAAAAGGGAAGUUACUGGACAGGAUCAUUUUUCAUAUAAAUAUACAGAUGCUCAAGAACCAACAAAAAGUUUAAUAGAAGACCAACAAAAUCAUCAUCAUAAUAUCAAACCUGUUAAAAAAUUACAUGAACAUGCUUUAAAUGACGAGAAAAUUUCAGGAAAUGCACAGGAUGCUGCAAAAUCAGUUACACAGUUGGACCAUAUAAAGUCAUUGACAUAUAGAUCACCCUCAAAACUGUUUGAGGAAAAUAGAAACAGACAAAUAAAUGAAGAGAAUGGUCCUGGUCUUGGGGCCUUUAGUUGCACUUCUCCCUCUAAACGUUUACAAGGCCUGGAUAGUGCAAUCGAUACAAACUUGUUUUCAAGAUCAUCAAAUCUGCUGAGGAAAAUUGAUAAUAAAGCAUUGUCAGAUAGUCAGACAUCAAGCCUUGUACUAGGAGCAUGUAGUUUUGCAUCUCCAGAAGAACUAUUGAUGAAAGCUGAAUUUGAAAAGACAUUAGAUGAAGAUGAGGAAAGCAUGCCUUCAAAACUUGUAAACUCAGAAAGUGGUCAAGCUUUUCCAGGUAGUUCUCAUGAAGUUGAGGGCGUGUUGGAUGCUAUGGCAAAAAUCUCUGACGAGAAGUUUACAUCAAGAGUUAAAAACACCUCAAAAGAUUAUAUAGAGAAUGCUGAUGAUUUGGAAAAAAGUGGCAAUCUGUCAACAGAAGGAGAUCACAUAAAUAGUGUAGUUUCUAAACAUGGUCAUGUCUCAGAUAAAACUGCAUAUGCUCAAAAAUCAACAAAUUACAUAAUUGACAACCAAACAAGUCCUUAUAAUAAUAUAAAACAAGUGAAAACAUUAGAUGAAAAGUAUUUGAGUGAAGGGAACAUUUUAGCCGAUACAAAACAUAUUGCAAAUUCAGCAACACAAUUGGAACAUGUACAGUCAUUUACAUACACUUCACCCUCAAGACUGUUUGAAAAAAUUAAAAACAGACAAAUAAACGAAGAGAAUGGUCCAGGUCUAGGGACUUUUAGUUUCACUUCUCCAUCUAACCUUUUACAAGGGGUGGAUAGUGGAAUAGAUACAAACUUGCAUUCAACAUCUUCAAAUCUUAGGAAAAUUGAUCAUAAAGCUUUGUCAGAUAGUCAGACAUCAAGCCUUGUAUUAGGAGCAUGUAGUUUUUCAUCUCCAGAAGAACUAUUGAUGAAAGCUGAAUUUGAAAAGGAAUUAAAUGGCGAUGAGGAGAGCAUGACUUCAAAACUUGUAAGCACAGAUAGUGGCCAUACUUUUCCAGAUAGUUCUCAUGAAGUUGAGACUGAGAGCGAACUUCAGGCAGCUAAAAAGUUAUCAAAAAAGUGGCUAGAACGUUGCAAAAGAAAGGGCAGGUUGGAUGCUUUGGCAAAAAGGUCCUAUGAGAAGUUUACAUCAAGAGUUCAAAACACAUCAAGCCAUUUUAUUGAGGAUCCUGAUGAUUUGGAAAAGGAUAGCAAUGUGUUGUUCAAAGAAGAUCCAAUUUAUAGGGAAGUUACUAAAGAGGGUCAUGUAUCAGAUAAAAAUACAGUUGGUCAAGAAGAAAUCAACAUGAAAGUGAAGAAAUCCAUACUGAAUUCAGAUGCAGACGUAUCAUCUGAUGUAAAGCAUAGAGCUGAAGAUUAUCUGAAUUCUUUGGUCAGGUCUUUUCUUGUGCACAUUAAUAACAAACAAGCAAAGAAUGAAAAGAUAACAGAUGAAGACUUAAAGGAACUUGAGUUAAUACAAGCACUUGUAUCAGAAACAUUUAAUCAUCUACAGCUAUGCAUUAAGAAUGACGUUGACAAUGAAUAUUAUGAAUUACAAGAUGAAAAUGAUGAAUCCAGAUAUUCAGUCAAUAAUUCUUUGGAAAGUUUAUCAAAGUCAUUAUGUAAACUAAAUGAUCUGUAUUUAGCUCUUGAGCAGAAAAUGAUACAUGGAAGCAACCAUACUUUUGCAUCCAAAGCUUCCAUUGUAAAUGCUUGCAUGACUGAAAGUGAUUGGGAAAUUUUCUCUGAUGAUGAAUGCAAACAAGAUUGUACUAAUGUGGUAAGAGCUUCCGACACUGCCAAGACUGAUGAUGGUUACUUAGGUGACACAAGUUCCUCAGAUAUUGCUUGUGUUGAUAAUGAAAACAAACUAAAUGUUGAAUCUGUCGGCAAGUCUGGAAAGGGUUUGGUUUCUUGGGGUGAGGUGGAUUUACCUGGUGGGGAGAAAGAUCAGAGUGACAGUCAGGACACCGAAAGAGGCAAGGACCAGGAAGGGUCACCCGAACAAGGGCAAAGAUCAACCGCAGGAGGUCAGAAUCUGGGACAGAGGGAUGGGGCAGGCAAGAGGAAGCAGGCGGUUGGUCGCAGCCUUACGCCGGAUUCUCGAUUGAUGUUGGAUAAGGAGGUGACGGAGAGCCAAAACAGGAAGCUGCAGACAGAAGUGUCCACCCUUCAAACAGAAAACAAGCUUCUCAAAGAGAAAUAUAACAGAGCACAAGCAAGAAUCACUGACCUUGAAACACAGCUGUCUGAAGCCCAAGAUGACCUCACGACCUUGCAGGAAAACCUUGACCACGAGAUGUCUGACCUUACAAGCCGGACAAAACAAGAGGUCAACCGGGACAGGGCACAGUUACACUCCAGAAUUAUGUCCCUCACCAAAGACAAUGAAGCUCUCAAAUUAGAGGUUUCCAGUCUUGAGAAGCGACUGGAGGGGGCACAUAAGGUCACUGACCUUGCCCGACACAGUUCUGAGAGUACACUGACCCAGGAGGCACACAGAAGUGAAGUGAACACCCUCAAGGAGGAGGUAGGGAGGCUCAAGGACCUACUGGAUCAGAGCGAGAGGCAUGUGCGCGAGGAAGAGGAAAGACACACCUCGACACGCCGUGAGGUCCAGAAACUGACGGAGCUCAAAAAUGCCCUCCAACAGCACCCUGAGGUCACAUCGUGCGGGGUCGUAACUGAAAAACAGGUACAAUCUCUGGAGAAACGGCUGAAGGUGACAGAAGAGAGGCUCCAUCAGGAGAGGGCGGACCGCGCCAACAACCUCUCUAAUGUAGAGGAUAAGCUGCUCACAGAUAAUGCCAAGUUGCAGGCCUCUGAAAAGGAAUUGUUGCGACAACUUCAUCGAGAGAAAGAGAAGAACAGGAAUUUUGAGCAGCGUGUGAAACAAUUACGAGAGGAAAAUGAGAAGUUACGACUUGCUUUGCCGUUUGAUGACACCAGUUUGCUUCCUAGGAAAGGAAUAUAUGACAUUCCAUACAGCAGUCAUUCCUCUGACCGGGCUGAGACAAUGAAGCCCAAUAUCUCGGAUGACAUGAACUAUAUCAUGUCGCAAAUCGAGAAACAGGAUGGCCUUGAAAUGGAGGCGGAUAAGGAGGAAGUUAUAAGGGUUCUCUGGAACAAACGAGAGCUUGCUUACAAGCAGCUGAGAGACUUUGAUGUUCAACUGCAGGGACUGCAACUCUCUGAUAACAACUUUGUGGAUGGAUUAAAGAACUUGCGUGAUACAUACGGGCAGGCAGACAACAAACUGAGAGCCAUGGAGGAGGAGGUGGAGGAUACCAACAGCAGACUGGCCACCCUUGAGCAGACGUACAAACAGCAGGUGACGGUGCUGGUACAUGAGCGUCAUGAUGCCUUCUCUCGCCUGAAGACCGCUGAAGAUCUCCUGGCCGCAGUGCGAGCGGAGAAUGAGACGUUACACCAGAAUGUGGCUCUCUCUUAUCUACCUGCUGGUAUCAUUCUCAAAGGACCUUCAGAUGCAGGGGGCGUGGAAGGCCUACACGCCCAUGUGUCCAGCCUGGAGGGUAAGGUGGCCCAGCUGACCAGGACCAAUCAGCUGUUGGAGGGGGAACUGACCACUCUCAGGGUACAGCUGGACGCUAGGGACAAACAGCUACAGGAUGUACAGAGAGACCUAGAUCUGGCCUAUAAAAGACUGGGUGGAGAUGAUUCAGAAGACAGGAAGCAGCAGAAGAUUGACAAACUCACAGCACAGAUGAAAGAAAGCCAGGUUGAACUGGAAAUUCUUGAAGAAAAACACAACAGCACAAUGACAGAGAACUCAAGACUAGAGUCUGAACUGAAAACACUUCGCAAGCAGUCAAGUUCACAGAAAUCAAGACAGCAGAAGACAGAGCAAAUAGAAACAAAGGUGCUACAGAAGCUGAAGGAUGAUCUGUCAGAGCGUGAAAGCGAGGUGACCAGUCUAAGCAAGCAGCUGGAAGACCAGGAGGAGCAGCUGCAGAAGACCAGAGAGGAGCUCUACAUGGAGCGCAUGCAUUCAUCUGAAUUGGAGGCAGAGGUGGAGAAUCUUCAAGAGAUGGUGGCCCAGCGUGCCCAGAUGUUUGAGGCACUCAGUGGCUCGGAGAGAGAGCAGCUGGCGCAGUACCAGAUCCUCAAGGAGACCCUAGACAACGCCAGUCAGGAGCUCGCGCAGAAACACACACAGAUAAUCUCACUGGACGUGAAUCUGUCCAGCCAGAAGGACCGGUGUGCAGAGCUGGAGGAGGAGGUUGCUAGGCUACGUAGGCACCUGAACACUGACAAGGGUGGGGAGGAAUGCACAGAGGAGCAGUCCACCACACAGCAGCUGAAAAUCAAGGAGCUGCAGAAGGAAAGGGCACAGCUGAAACAGGAACUACAGCAAGCGUACAGUGCCAUACAGGCGGCAGAGGAGCAGUAUCGGACACUGCAGACAGAGACCACACAGCUGGAGCAGGAGCUGGUGAAGGAGAAAACAGUCAUACUGCAGAUAACUGCUGAGAAGGGAGAGAUUGAACAACAUAUAGAGGAGCUGGCAGAUGAGCAUGAGAGUCUGGUGCAGGAGAAGAACCAGGCGGAGGAGGACAUAGUAAAGCUGGAGACGAAACUGCAGGAGAUCCUGGCCCGGUACGAGCAGGAGGCCAGCAGGCAGCAUGGACACUUCCAGGAGCAGUACCCAGGCCUGCCACAGGAGGCUAACAAGGUUGUGAUGGAACUGGACUCAUUGAGGGUGGUAGUUGAGGGAAAGAAUAAAGAGAUCUCCAUGCUACAGGACAGACUAAAUCGCCAGAACCUGGAGCUGGACUUCCUGCAAAGGAAGGUGGAGUUGGUCCACAACGACAGCAUUGCCAAUAGGGAGGACGUGGCUCGAAUGAUCUCUGAACUCACUCUCAAGAUGAAGGAGGCGGUGUCCACACGUGAGGUGAACCAGUACCUGGUGGCAGAGCGGACCAAGCUUCAGAACGAGAGGUCCCACCUGGAGCAGGAGCUGGCCCUUGAGAGACAGGGCAGUGAGGAGCGCAGGCUAGAGAUGCAGGAGGUCAUUACCAAGAUUGAAAAUGCGGAGACUAGUCUAAUGUCAACAGAGAAAGAUUCAAGAAACAAAGAAAAUGUAUUACUUACCUUGGAGGCAGAUCUACGCAAUGCAAACCGAAAUCUCGCCCACUUGGAGUCAGAAAACGCUGACCUUAAGGAAAGAGUGGACAACUUGACAGAGGAGUUGCGACAGGUCACUACUGUCAAUGCCACACUAGAGAGUCGUCUGGAUAGCGAACAGAAUUCUCUUUCUGUGCAGAAGAAUUUGGUUUCGAAAUGGAAAGAGGAUUUCACAAGACUAUCAAAUGACCGUGACAUGAUACGUCAUGAGCAUUCUGUGCUCAGCGACAAAUAUACCACAGAAUUGAAAAAUGUUGCAACGCUGAAACAUGAACUUGCCACUCUGACCUCAGAGUACGAGAGACUGUCCAAGGAGCUGACUAGUACACAGCGAGAGCUGGACACUCUGAAGGGUCACCUUCUCCUUACCAAAGACACUGUCCACAAACUGACCCAAGACAAGGGCAGCAUUGCUCAGGAUUUUGAUGGAAUGUGUAGGACCCUGACAGAGAAGGAGCGUCAACUGCAGGAGCUCCGUGAGCGUACAGAAGAGCGUGUAGAGGCAUUGAAGCGUGAACACGCGCAGGAGAGACUGCGUUUGCAGCAGGAUCAUGACAGGGCGGUCACAGAGAGGGAGACAGUCAAAAAUGAGAAUGACCGCUUGAAUGAAGAACUCAAACAGAAAGAAAUACAACUGAACACAUUUGGACGAACUCUUCAAGAUCUGGAAUCAGUUACAAGGGAGAAGAAGCAGCUGGAGGCUCAGGUUGGGAAGCUGGAGUCCUCCACUGGAGACUCACGGGUCUUACUGGAGGGGCAGCGCAAGGAACUCAUAGCUCUUAAUGAGGCCUUGGCUAAACAGCAGGAAAGGUCAACACUUAUAGAGGCUGAGAACCAUCUGCUGAAGUCUGACCUGAAGACAACACAGGAAUCCUCGUCGCGGGAAUCCCAGGAGCUAAAGAUAGCAAUCAAAGAGCUCAAGUCUCAACAUGAGAAUGAGCGACACUACCUCAAUGAUAAUCUAACACAGACUCAGAGCCGGCUGCGUUCAGUGGAGGCCAGUCUAGUGUCUGCUGCCAGUGAGCGCGACUCCCUGCAGGCCAAGUGUCGUCUGCAGGAGAAGUCCUUGGAGGAGAUUCAGGCGCGGCUGGCAGAGGAGCACACAGGCAGACGGCUGGUGGAGCAGUCUGUUGGCUCACUGAGGCUGCAGUUGGAGGAGGCCAGGAACAAUAAGAACGUAGCUGAGGCAAGGUGUGUUGAGGUGAAGAACCAGUUGACACAGGCAGAAGAUCGCAUUCGGCACAAGGACGAGAAGUGUACCGACCUCUCGGCUCAAUUGCAGGAGCUUCAGGCUCUAUCGCACGGCAACCGGUCCUCAGUCAAGGCUAAAAAUGAGCAGAUCGACAUUCUGCAGAAGGAAGUGAGUCGCCUGAAGCAGCUGAUAGAGAGCCAGAAGCAGACACUGAAUGCCAGCAUGAAGAAGACAUCUCUGGAGGCUAAACAGCAGCUGGAGAUCGUGUCACAGGAGAAGGACCGCUUUGCAGUGCAGCUACAGCAAACGGCCACGGACCUGGACUCCUGCAGGGAACACAUCGCCUCCAAGAACAAGGAAAACCUCAAGUUGCAGGAGGAAAUACUGGUACUGGAGGACUCCGUGAGGGAGUGCAGGGUGAGGCAGAAACAGGCCGAGGACACACUCAAGGUGGAGAUGGACAAGCAGGCAGACCUCACUGCCAGGUUUGAAGCCCAGGAUGAGGAGCUGAAGAGACUGCGCACAUUCCUGGCCAGGAAAGUGGAGGACUCCUCAGACACGGAUAAAACAAUGUGGCAGGAGAUGAACCGUGUGAUCCAGGAGUUGAGCCGACAGAUGACCAGCCACCUCGACGCACAGCGCAGUAUAGGCAAGGAUGGAAAGGGUGCUGACAAUGCUGUCACCAGGUUCCGUAAGCAGCUGUCUGAGGUACAGGCAGACUUGAACACAGAGCGGUCCCUGCACCAGAUCACACGCACCUCUCUACAGGCGCUGGAGGAGGACUGUGCACGUCUCAGGAAACAGCUCCAGAUUCUACGAAGGCGAGAGCCGCCCACUACUGAGAAGAAAGUUGUACAAAAAGUAGAUCAGAGGAAGCACAAGAACCGCAUGGAGGCCAUCAAUGCAAUUAUCGCCCGCUCCCAGUCCCAGGCUCAGGCCAUGCUCUCCGCAGGCGGUUAUUAUGACAACAGUGUCCUGACCCCCCGGGCACAGGGAGGCCCCAGGGUGGGGCUGACCACACGGCAGGACUUUGAUUCCCCGGACAACUCGUACAGUGAGGAUCUCUCCAUCGCCAGCCUGCCUGCUAUGCACUACAGCCAUACAGCCAAGAAAUGAGGGCAAUCAGACCAGUAGAACCAUGUUAUGGGAAAACUGAGCUUAAUGCAUGUGCUUUAAGUGAGGUCAGAUAUUAGCCCGGGCAGUCCAUACUAAUCAAGGGCGCCACUUUCCGCCUAGACUGGAUAUCUGUUAAUUAGAACCUUCCUUUAAAAGAAAAAAUCCAUACAAGUAGAAAGUGUUGAUCAUGAUGAGCUUGCACAGUCUAAUCUGGACAGGACUUUAUGCACAUGCACUAAGCCCACUUUCCUCUGAAGGGGACUCAUUAGUUGAUGGCUUUGUAUAUCCAUGAUCCUCCUUGUGAUAGUAAUUAAACUCCGCAAACAAAGUAAAAUAGGAGUAUAUUAUUUUCUCUUUUUUGUUCAAUUGAUUUGUCGGAACUCAGUCUGUCAAUCCCCAUGAAGUGUUAUAAGUUUGUUGAGAGAACAACAUCACAUUUCUCAAACAUAUCCAGUGAAACUUAAAAUAAAAUAUGUUAUGUGAUGAUCACCAUGAAGACUUGCAAUACACUUUCAUCUCCAGUGAUCGGCAUAUUUCUGAAGAAUUUCCCUUGAAGGUGUCAAUGUGGUGCAGGGCUAUAAGUCACCAUAGUUACAAGGCUGUAGUUUAAUUAGUAUUAUUACCA